AGAACAGAUUCAAUCAUGUCGAUGUUUGGAUUCCUUGUUGACUUGGAUGUCAAAACUCUGCUGCUCUUUCUUAUAAUCUUCAUCCUCACUGCAGAUUAUUUAAAGAACCGUCGAUCAGGCAGCUUCCCUCCAGGACCCCGGGCGUUUCCUAUUGUUGGCAACAUGUUCACUUUGGAUCACAAAAGGACACAUGAGAGUAUGACAAAGGUUAAGGGGCAGGUAGGCAAUACUUUUGAUGAGGAAAGCCUGAUAAUGUCUGUGAUGGAUCUGUUUGUGGCUGGAUCUGAGACCACUUCCACCAUGCUGCGCUGGGCUUUCCUCUACAUGGCAAAGUACCCUGAGAUCCAGGCAAAGGUCCAGGCUGAGAUAGACAGAGUGAUUGGACAGUCCAGACAGCCCUCCAUGGAAGAUCGUGCUAACCUGCCCUACACUGACGCCGUCAUACACGAGAUCCAGAGGAUGGGUAAUAUAGUUCCUCUCAACCUGCCUCAUGUUACCAACAAGGAAAUUAAGUUGGGAGACUACAAAAUCCCAAAGGGACUUACAAUAAUCCCCAAUCUGACAUCGGUGCUGUUUGACAAGAAUGAAUGGGAGAUGCCCAACACUUAACCAGGACACUUUCUGAACAAGGAGGGAAAGUUUGUGAAGCGAGCUGCUUUCAUCCCUUUCUCUGCGGGUAAGCGGGUGUGUCUCGGGGAGAGCCUGGCCAGGAUGGAGCUCUUCCUCCUCUUCACCUCCUUCAUGCAGCACUUCACAUUCUCCAUGCCUCCCGGGGUGAAGCCUGUUAUGGACUAUACCUUCGGCAUCACUCUGGCACCAGUUCAAUAUGAAAUGUGUGUAACCUCACGCUCAAGGCAAAGAAACCCCAGUCUUCAGUUGGACAGGCUUGAGCCCUUGAUUUGCAGAAUGGAUUCAAUCCUUUCUGUAAUCGGUUCCUAUCUGAACUGGGAUGUCAAAAGCCUUCUGCUCUUCUCUGUAAUCUUUAUCCUCACCACCGAUUAUAUCAAGAACUGUCGGUCAGGCAGCUUCCCUCCAGGACCCCGGGGACUUCCUAUUGUGGGCAACAUGUUCUCUGUGGAUUACCAAAGGACCCAUGAGAGUAUGACAGAGUUAGCAGGGACAUAUGGAGAUGUGUACAGCCUGAGAAUGGGUCAGUCAUGGAUGGUGGUGUUAAACAGGUUUGAGGUUCUGAGAGAAGCUCUGGUUACUCAGGGAGACAGUCUAUCAGACCGCCCGGACCUCCCUCUGUUCGUUGACAUUACCUCUGGACUAGGUAUAGUUUUCAGUAAUGGCAACACAUGGAAGCAGCAGAGGCGUUUUGCACUUUCGACCCUCAAAUAUUUUGGAUUUGGCAAGAAGUCCCUUGAGCCCAUCAUCUUGGAUGAAUUUUCGUAUUGUGCAAAAGACAUCAAAAGCUACAAUGGAAAGCCAUUCAAUCCACAUCUCCUCAUCAACAACGUCGUCUCCAACAUAAUUUGUUCCCUUGUUUUUGGUCAUCGCUUUGAGUAUGGUGAUAAGAAAUUUACAAAACUGAUGGAGUGGUUUGACAAAGGUCUCGAGAUUGAAGGCUCCAUUUGGACACAGCUUUACAACUCGUUCCCAUGGCUGAUGAGACGUUUGCCAGGGCCUCAUCAGACAGUCCAGCACAUCUGGGACAAUGUGAAGGAAUUCAUAAGAGUAGAGAUUAAGAAGCACAAACAGAACUGGGAUCCCUCAGACCCAAGAGACUACAUCGACUGCUUCCUGAACGAGAUUCAGAAGGGUAAGGGGCAGGCUGACAAUACUUUUGAUGAGGAAAAUCUGGUUGGGUCUGCCUGGGAUCUGUUUUUGGCUGGAUCUGAGACAACCUCCACUACCCUGCGAUGGGCUUUCCUCUUCAUGGCAAAGUACCCUGAGAUGCAGACAAAGGUCCAGGCUGAGAUAGACAGAGUGAUUGGACAGUCCAGACAGCCCUCCAUGGAAGAUCGUGCUAACCUGCCCUACACUGACGCCGUCAUACACGAGAUCCAGAGGAUGGGUAACAUAGUUCCUCUCAACCUGCCUCAUGUUACCAACAGGGACGUCCAGCUGGGAGGCUACACAAUCCCAAAGGGAGUUACUAUAAUCCCCAAUCUGACCUCGGUGCUGUACGACAAGAAUGAAUGGGAGACGCCAAACACCUUCAACCCAGGACACUUUCUGAACAAGGAGGGAAAGUUUGUGACGCGAGCUGCUUUCAUUCCGUUCUCUGCCGGUAAACGACAGUGUCUCGGGGAGAACCUGGCAAGGAUGGAGCUUUUCCUGUUCUUCACAUCCUUCAUGCAGCACUUUAACUUCUCCAUGCCUGCUGGGGUGAAACCUGUAUUGGAUUUUCGCUUUGGCAUUACUCUUGCACCCGUUGAAUAUGAAAUCUGUAUAACCUCACGCUAGGAUUUUACAAAAACUAUUUUUCUUUUGUCAGAAAUAUAGUUAAAUUACAUUUUGAAUCUCUACCACAUGUCCAAGAGGACAUUGAUCCACUUUCUAUAACUUACCUUUUGAUUUGGGAAAUCUGAAGAUACAUUCUAGGUUACUGAUUAGAUUAAAGGCUUUAUAUAGUAUUUUGUAGGAUGUCUAAUGAUUUUACAAAUUGAAUUGUAGUUAAGCUCAGAGCAAUUCUGUUUGUUAAAGGUCCGGGCUGUGCGAUUUUUAUCUUUGUGUUUUUGACUGUUGAUUGGACCAAAUAAACAAUACUACAAGUCUUGUUUCCAACUUAA